AUGGCGAUAUGGGUCGUACCCCUGAGUUACGGUCAUGUAGCCGACUCACCGAUGAGUGGUGAUGUACCCAAGGUACCCAGUAACGGUGCAACCAACGGACUCGACACUGCUUGGUAUGACGCACACGCCACAUUUUACGGUGACAUCCAUGGUGGAGAAACGGAACAGGGGGCUUGUGGAUAUGGUGUAUUCAAACAAGGCUAUGGUCUAGCUACGACUGCGUUGAGCACGGCGCUGUUCAACAACGGGUACACGUGCGGGGCUUGUUACGAGAUCAUGUGCGUGAAUGAUCCACAAUGGUGUUUGCCCGGAUCCAUCAAGGUCACGGCUACAAAUUUCUGUCCACCAGAUUACAGCAAAACCCAAGGCGUUUGGUGCAACCCACCACAAAAACACUUUGAUCUCUCCCAACCAAUGUUCCUCAAGAUCGCCCAGUACAGAGCCGGGAUUGUCCCGGUUAAAUAUAGACGUAUUCGUUGCAUGAAAGCCGGUGGUGUCAGGUUCGAAACCACGGGGAACCCUUAUUUCUUGAUAAUCUUGCCGUACAAUGUAGGAGGAGCCGGAGAUAUUAAGGCCAUGCAGAUUAGAGGAAGCAGAACCGGAUGGAUUCCGAUGAGCAAGAAUUGGGGACAGCACUGGACCACCAAUGUUGUGUUGACCGGACAAGGUUUAUCAUUCAGGAUUACAACGAGUGAUGGGAUUACUAAGGAUUUUAAUAAUGUGGCACCACAGAAUUGGGGAUUUGGCCAGAAUUUUGAUGGGAGGAUUAACUUUUAA